CUAAGCUGAAAAUCACCUUCAGCCGUUGCAUUUUGCUUGAGCACAUUUCGAUCUCCGAACAACGAAAAGAAACAAUCGUCAACAUGUUUCAAUUUUUGUACUUCACCCAACUGUCGGCCGUACUUUUGCUUCUAUUGACCGUAAUCGUCGUGUACAUUAUCUACAACAGCAUCGAAAGAAAAUCAGCUGAAGAAACUGCCGAUUGUCUGCCACAACCGCCAACACCAAGAGGACUACCAAUCAUUGGACACUUGCACCUUCUCGGCGGCUACGAGGUUCCAUACCAGGCCUUCAGUGCCCUUGGUAAAAAAUAUGGAAAUGUAAUUGGUCUCAAGUUAGGAACCGUCAAGAGUGUCAUUGUCAAUGGACAGGAAUCUAUCAGGGAAAUUUUGGUCACCAAGGGACACCAUUUCGACAAUCGACCCAAUUUCGAAAGAUACCAACAUCUAUUCGGAGGCAAUAAAGAAAACUCUCUUGCAUUUUGCAAUUGGUCUGAAACCCAAAGGACAAGGCGUGAAAUUCUACGAGCUUACACCUUCCCAAGGGCGUUCACUAACAAGUUCAUCUCACUGGAAGAAAUUGUUAACAUCGAAACUGACAAGAUGUUAUCACAACUUUCUUCAAACAACGUAACCUUCAAGCCACUCCUCCUCCAGAGUUGUGCCAACAUCUUCACCGGUCACUUUUGUUCACGUAAAUUCACUUACGACAACAAGAACUUUGCCCAAAUGGUGGACAACUUCGAUGGCGUCUUCUACGAAGUAAAUCAAGGUUAUGCGGCAGAUUUUCUACCAUUUUUGUUGCCCCUUCAUUACAAAAACAUUGCCAAAAUGAACAACCUUGCUCACUCGAUCCGGAAAUUCAUCGAAGAAGACAUCAUUGGAGAUAGAUACAACACCUUUUCCGACGAUGAACCAUCAGAUUUCGUUGAAAGUUUAAUCAAACACGUCAAACAUACUGAAGAUUCGAAAAUGGACUGGGACAUGGCUUUGUUUGCAUUGGAGGACAUUAUUGGGGGACAUUCUGCGAUAGGGAAUUUUCUUAUGAAACUACUGGCAUACAUCGUAAACGAACCUGAAGUCCAACGCAAAAUUCAAAUGGAAAUUGAUUCAGUAACACUCGAAGGAUCAUCAUUCAGGAAAGUUUGCUUGUCUGAUCGAUCCGCCUGCCCAUACACUGAAGGGGCUAUUUUUGAAGCAAUAAGACUGAUUGCAUCCCCUAUUGUACCACGAGUUGCCAACCAAGAUACUUCAGUCAAUGGUUUCAGAAUCAAGAAGGACACAUUGGUGUUUCUCAACAAUUAUGAUCUUAGCAUGUCAGAGAAGCUCUGGGACGAACCAGAGAAGUUUUUGCCGGAAAGAUUCGUUGUGGACAACCAUGUGGUGAAGCCGGAGCACUUUUUACCAUUCGGGGGUGGUAGAAGAAGUUGCAUGGGUUACAAAAUGGUUCAGCUGGUUAGUUUUGGAAUUCUGGCGUCUCUUCUUCAACAAUUUACCAUUCAACCUUUACCCAAUGAACAGUAUAAAGUACCCAUUGGUAAUUUAGCUUUGCCAAAAGAUACGUUUUCUUUUAAAUUUGUAAGAAGAAAUUUGUAAUUUCUACAAGGAGAGAUUGAAAGUACUGAAGCAAUU